AUGGUCUACGGCUCCAAUAUGAUCGAGCAUGCUGGGAAUAGCUACGAAGUGACACUCAAGCUCUGCAUGGCAAUUUUCCGCGACGGGGAAAUACGUGACGCAAUUACAGAAGACGAAUUAUUGGAGUUGGAAGAAUACCUCCAACGCAAGAAUCUCCCAGCAAAUCUCUGCGCGGUUAUACAAAGUCGUCGCGAAAUCGUGCUGCACGCCAAGGCUGCCUUGUAUAUCAUUAAUCAACUUUGCAUCCAUGACUCAGCGAAGAAAUCAUUCUUCAAACUCAUCGAAUCCUCACCUACAAAGUUGACGCCGGAGAUACACCCUGGAAAGAAUAUAGCGGUGUCUACCGUACGGAUGAAGUCUCGGCAGGCUUCCAUUCAUUUCCUCAUCACAGCCAGCCUUGUGCCCCACAAGAUGAAGGCUAUGAUCCGUGAACUUAAGUCAGACCUUAACGAAGCCCUCAAAAUGGGCACCAUCGACCCUAUCGCAAUUGCUUCGAAGUAUACCCACAUCUUCGUCAACGUUCAUCCGUUCAUCGAUGGCAACGGAAGAAUGUGCCGUUUGAUACUCAACUCCCUACUUCUCAAGCUAGGAAGCUUUAUUGUUUGCAUUGGUGACAAGGAUGAGGACCGCUCUCUCUACCUGGAAAUCGCUGCUAAAUCAAGUGCACUCGAAGAUUUAUAUGAAGAUUUCGAGGAAGAGGAGAAACCAUUUAUGUUCAAGGAGCUGGGAAGUUUUGUUAUGUCGCAUGUUGAGAAGAAUAUGCGCAAGCUGAUUGAUACUUUGCUAUAG